AUGUCGAUCGACGUAGACGCACUGCUGUCGCGACUGUCACCUACAAUGAGCUCGUCGACGAAGGCAGAACUAGGAAGUGUUCUGUCGGAGUACACCGAUGUUUUCGCUUGGAAGGAUUCUGAUGUUGGUCGAACGAAACAGGUACAACAUUGUGCCGACACUGGAGAUGCUACUCCCAUCCGCCUACCACCACGACGUGUCCCGAUUCAGUAUCAACACCAGCUAAAUCAAAUGAUCGAUGACAUGCUGAGCAAGGAUAUCAUCAAACCUUCCGCGGAACCAGACACUCCCCUGAAUCCCCACGUAUUCAGAGGCUCGGAGAAUAAACCGUUGAACCUACGCUCUUGUGCCUCUGUGUGGACAGUUGGCGAGAGUUACUAA